AUGAUAGCAGAUCCUAGUAUGUUAUGGUUGGUCAUCGCUAGUGGAGUCGCAUGUUUUUUUAUGGCAUUUGUAACCGGAGCAAAUGAUAUAGCAAAUACAUUUAGUACUUCUAUUGGAGCAAAAUCUUUAACUAUAAAAAAAGCAUUAUUAAUUGCGUUUUUUUUUGAAGCAUUAGGGGCUUCUUUAUUAGGUGGAACAGUAACAGAUUCAAUUCGUUCUAAAAUAAUAAAUUUUGAAGCAUUUUACAAUGCACCAGAAUUUUUAAUGUUAGGUAUGUUUAGUGCCCUCGUGGGUGCUAGUUUGUGGCUAGCUAUAGCAACUUGUUUGGGAUUACCUGUAUCUACAACACAUAGUAUUGUAGGGGCUUUACUUGGUUUUGGAUUAUCAGCAGGUCAUGCUGAUUCAAUAAAAUGGGCAAAAAUUCAAAGUAUUGUUAUAUCUUGGUUUGCAGCCCCAUUAUUAGCAGGAAGUUGUUCAGCUAUAGCUUUUAGUACAAUGAGAAGUUUAAUAUUAAGAAAAAAAAACUCAUUUGAGAUAAUUAAAAAAUGGUAUUGGAUAUUAAUUUUUCUUAUAACCCUCCCUUUUAGUGUAUUUUUAGUAUAUCAAAAUCCGAUAGUAUUAAACACAAAGUGUAGAAUGAAACAAGGUAAUAAAAUUGUAUAUGCAUCACCUUGUUAUCUUCAAGAUUGGAGCUCAGGACAUGUAAUUUAUGCAACCUUAAUAUCUAUAACCUUAUCAUUAUUAUUGACUGGAAUUGGUUCAAUAUUUAUAUAUAUAGUAUAUAACAAAAGAUUAAAGUGUUAUAAUUUUAGAAAAAGAUUAUUUGAGGAUCAAUAUAUGAAUGAUAUAGAACAAAAUGUAAAACCGAAUACAACAUGUAAUGGAAAUAAUAGUAGUUUAAAUUCGGUUGCAUCUAAUGAAACACAAAUACCACGUUUAAGAGAUCAAACAAAUAAAGGUAAUAAUGAUAAUAAUGAACAAAUUGAAGUAUCAAAAGGUGAAUUAAAUAAUAAAUCAGGUACAAAAAAUGAUAUUGAACAAAAUGUGAUAGAAACAUUUGAUCAAGAUACUGAAAUUGUUUUUGCAACUUUACAAAUUAUAAGUGCUAUUUUAGGAGUAAUAGCACAAAGUGCUAAUGAUACAGCUAAUGCUAUAGGACCAUUUGCUGCUGUAUUUAAUACAUAUAAUUCAGGAAUUAGAGAAAAAAUCAAAGUACAAUGGUAUAUAUUAUUAUUUGGUGGUUUAUCAAUGUCUUUAGGUUUAUCUAUAUUAGGAUAUAGAGUUAUCAAAACAGUUGGAAUGAAACUUAUUAAAAUAACACCGUCUCGAGGUUUUACUAUUGAAUUAAUAUCAGGCCUAGUUGUUUUAUUUUUUAGUAUUUGUGGUAUCCCAUUAAGUUCAACACAUUGUGCUGUGUCAAGUGUGAUUGGGCUUGGGUUAGUCGAAGCAAGAAUAUUUGAAAAUGAUAAAAAUGGUAAUACCGAUAAGGAUGUAUCUAAUGGGCAAAGCAAUGCAAAUAAUGUGGCUGUAAAAAAAAGGUCAUUAUGCCCAUUUUCCUAUUUAAAUACAUCAUGUGUAAAUUUAAAACUAUUCAGAACCAUCUUUUUGUCAUGGAUCAUCACUGUAUCUUUUUCCGCUUCCGUAACUGCAGCCAUUUUUUCAUUCGCGGCUUAUACCCCAUCCUAUGUAAUUAUGAGAAAUCCUUAA